AUGGCGAUAUUUUCUAUAUACAAUGACAUGAAAGAAGCAGAAAUUUUUAUAACUAUUCAGUCGCAAGACAUUCCAUUAAACUAUAAUGGUGAAAAAACUCUAACACAAGAGGGCAAUAUUGAUAUGAUUGAUGAUAACAUUGUGGGUAUUGGUGAAGGUAUUGGUGAAGGUGUUGGUGAAGGUGUUGAUGAAGGUGUUGGUGAAGGUGCUGGUGAAGGUGUUGGUGAAGAUAUUGGUGGAGCAAUUGGUGAAAUGUUGGUCAAGUCGCCGAAGAAACAGUUGAUGAAGAUAUUGGGCCUUAAAACUGAUGGUUCUGAUUUAGAGGAUAAUAUGGAUCAUGUAGGAACAUUUUCAUAUGAUGUGAAUAACCCUAUUAUGGAAGUGGGAGCAAAAUAUCCAAAUGUAACUGUAACGUGCGCAAAAUCUAAUUGCAAGUGGCGAAUCCAUGCAUCUCGACUUCAAGAUUCCUUAGUUUUUCAGAUAAAGACUUUACAAGGAGAGCACACAUGCACAUCGGCCAAUAGGUGUCGGAACAAAGUGGCAACACAAUCGUGGGUGUGCAAUAGGGUUAUUGAGUGGCUACGGUUGGAAGGAGAUUUAUCUACAACUGAAUUGCGGAAGAGACUGCAACAAAAAUAUCAUGUGGACUUGACCUAUUCCAAGAUAUUUAGGGGAAAAGAAAUGGCAUUGUCUAAGAUUCAUGGGCAUUGGGAGUAUUCGUAUCAAAGAAUUUAUGAUUUUAAAGAGGAAAUUGGUAGACGAAAUUCCGGCAGCCAUGUGGAGAUAAAGCUGCAAGUGAUUAAUGAAGAGCAUCAUUUUCAGCGAGUUUUUCUUGCAUUUGGUCCAUGCAUACAAGGAUUCCUCAAUGGAUGUAGACCUUAUAUUGCAUUAGAUGGAUGUCAUCUCAAAGGAAAGCAUAGAGGAGUUUUGAUAUCGGCCACAAGUAUUGACGGAAAUAAAUCAAUUUUUCCAGUAGCUUUUGGUGUUGUGGAGUCGGAGAACUCGAAUAGUUGGGAAUGGUUUCUUCAUGGGUUGAAGACAGCAAUAGGAGAAUCCGAAGGCCUAGUAUUCUCCUCGGAUAGACAAAAAGGCUUAGAUGAGGCCGUUCAAGUUGUCAACAAAGGGAGGGGGUGUGCUGUGAGCACACCCCCCAAUCCGUACACAAAAGAACAAAGAAAGAAAGUCGUCUCUUUCAUUUUGCGGCUGCGCGACGACGACGACGACUUCGACGACGACGGCUGUGACGACUUCGACGACGACAACGGUGUGCGAGGAGGCCUCAUGACCUCCUCUUUCUUCUUCUUCUCCGACGAUGGCUGA